GCUCGCGCUGCUGCUUCUUCCCCGCAGUCCAAACCCUAACGCUUGUUCCCGAUCUCGAUCACGAUCGCUUGCUUUCUCGAGCCAUCUCUCGCAUUCCUCCCCUCGAUCGCUUUCCGGUGGAAAUGGCAUCUCGCUUCGCGUUGCUCGCGUUCGCCUUGGCGUCGCUCGCCGUGUCCGCCUCCGCCCAGGGCCCGACCGCCUCCCCCUCCAAGUCACCCUCCGUGGCCCCGGUGAAGCCUCCUGCUCCCUCGCCUCUCCUUCCGCCGCCCGCAGUUGCUCCAGUGAGGCCCCCGGCAGCAGCGCCCCUUUCCGCGCCGCCUGCACCUGUCCCCGCCGCUAAGUCGCCCUCUUUGUCCCCUCCCGCCCCGCCGACCUCCGAUAUUCCUGCGCCAGCGCCUAGGUCGUCGAUCUCCGGCGUACCUGCUUCUGCUCCCACCGCCCCGCCUCCGGCUGGUAAUGGCGCUGCUGAUCUUUCCUUCAGUUGGAUCGGCGCCUUCGCCGUUGCUGCCGUCGCCUUCGCGAUGUAGGCGCUUGUGAUUACACUGGCAUUGACUCCGCGGAUCAUUUCUCUUUUUGUUUGUUAGGUUGACGUUUCAUAUUUACAUUUGUUUCCGUUUUCUAUCAACAUGAGUUAGUGGAUUCUUUUAUCUA